AUGUAUGCAAGGAUUAGUACUCCUGUCAGCGACCUUGACCCAGGCACCGGCAACAAAGACCCAGGCACCGCCGGACAGAGAGGAGCAGGAGGAGGAACCGACAUAAAGGUGCGAGAGAACGGGGAACAGGGAGAAGAAGUGACGGAGAGAGGAGCGAGGGAGCGGAGCGCAGGAGGAGGAACUGAUAUGGCACCAGGAGGAACAGAAUCUGAACAAGGUUCUGAUUUGAGGAUUGUUUUGCUGGGCAAGACAGGAUGUGGAAAAAGUGCAACAGGAAACUCUAUCCUGGGCAGAAAUGCGUUUAAAGUCGAUAACUUACCCGUCUCUGUAACCAAACAAUGCGAGAGCCACAGAGGAACCAGAGAGGGGAGGGACAUCUUUGUGAUUGACACGCCUGGAAUCUUUGGGCAUUUCCUUUCCGAAGAUCAACUGAAAGCUGAAAUGGCAAAAUGCCUCGCUCUCUCUGUUCCCGGCCCUCACGUGCUCCUCCUGCUGGUCAGACUGGGGAAGUACACCCAGGAGGACACAGAAUGUGUGAACUGGAUCUGGAGAAACUUCGGCCAGGACGUCGGCCUUUAUUCCAUUUUGCUUUUCACCGGCGGAGAUCAGCUGGAGGGGAAAACGGUGGAGGAGUUUGCGUCUCACAGCGCGGAGCUGCGGAAACUCCUGGACGCGUGCGGGGGUCGCUAUCACGUGUUCGACAACACGGAGAGAGCGGAUGAAAGUCAAGCGAAGGCGCUAUUGGAGAAAAUCGAGGAAAUGCUGAAGGUGAACAGAGGACAGCUGUACACGGCUGAGAUGUAUCAUGACAUCCAGAGAAAGCUAAGAGAGGAGGAGGAGAGGAGGAGACAGGCGGAGAGAGAAAGACAGGAGGAGAGAAAACGACAGGAAGAGAGAGUGAGACUGGAGGUUAGGAAGAGACUGGAGGAGAGGAGACGACUUGAAGAAAGAGUGGACAUAAUGACGAUUGGGAUACUGGUCGCUAUGUUUGCCACGGCUCUGUCCGUCACAGCCGCAGUGGUCCGACCCUAG